AUGAGCGACCACAUGGACAUUUGUACCAAGGACGGUUAUAUGGUGAAAACAUACAACAACAUACGUUUCUAGGGGAGGGAAUGCACCAAAAUAAUCAUCGACAACCAUUUAUAUAUGAACAUGCAGAAGAACCAAGAAGAAAAAAAAAAAAAAAAAAGGGAUCUACAGGUAUAGUACCUAAAAUGGAAGAAACUAACGAUGAAAAAAAUAAAUCAAAACCUAAGAAAAAACAAAAAAAAACAAAAGAUGGUCAAACUAAACGUAAAAAUCCUAACCAAGACAUACAUCAUGUAGGAUAUAAUCCAUGA